UCAGAUUCCUUCUCGUCCACAUCCAACCAGCCACUGCUCUCUCCCCAUUCUUCUCAUGCUUCACAAUCAAUCGUCGGUUCCUCUGGUUUUUCCCUCGGACGAGCACCCCCAUUGUUGAGACAGGUUGAGCGACAUUCCGCCAUACCGCGCUCUCUUUCUGAGCGGGCUUCCUUAGCCAAUCGAUCCCCCGAAAAUUUUGCAUUUGGCCCUAAUGAAGAUGUUGAAUAUGGAGAAGAAGUGGUAGGCGAAGUUUGGGGGGACGCUUUCGCAUCACUUGAGCCCACUACAUUGGUAUGUGAGUCUCAUCGUCAGGACAUUGAAACAGAAUCAAGUGCUAAUCAGGCACCAGUGUCCUUUGGGCAUUUGCCUCAAGUUUACGAGUCAAGCACCUUUGGCCGGCGGACUCGCCUCUCUAGCAGUGCCUCGCUCGAUUCCUCGCCACCCGUAGUUCAGCUCAAAGAUUGCGUUGUUGAGUUGCCUCCGCCUGAUCAACUGGGCUAUGGGCAGCCUUUUCUCCUCUUUCUAUGUCUUGCAAUGCUGCUCGAGUACCGCGAGGAAAUCGUGCUCAGUGUGCAUGAGGUAUGCGACCUGGUUCACUUCUAUCAGCGCAUGAGUAAACGGCAUAACACUUUGCGUCUGCUUAAUCGUGCCCGCAAGAUGUAUGAUCGGUAUUUAGCUGUUCAUGAGGCCAAGCGACGCCAGCUGAUAGAGAACCCAAACUGA